GCAGUAUGAUACAGCUAAAAUAAAGUGCUUUAAGUAUAUUUAGUUACUCAAUAUAUCAAGUGCUAUGUGAAAAGCGUCCGUCUAUUUUGGGUUCCAGACUGGAAACCAUUGUUUAUCUGAUUUGAAUUCACGUCUGGCAUGAUUUCCAAGUAUAAUCCGUGACUUCUCAUCUCCUUGCAAGCAAGCAGAAUUCAGAAAUAGGUUUAUUUGUAUUCUCUCUCCGCCGUGCCCUGUGGGGAUAUAGGUCUACAUAUUUUUUAAUGCAGUCGUUUGUUUCUUUUUGUGUUUAUUCUUGGUUGGUUGUUUAUAUUUUUUAUCAAUGUCCAAAUUCUAUAUUUUGUUCUUUGACAGCGGUUAAAAAGGUUUUAAAAGCCGUAUCUCUCGCCGUACAUUUUCUUUUAUAUUCACAAAUCUUUAAGCUGAGGUAAACAAAUUGGGCUGUGUGUUUACUGCGUAUGACAUUAUUAGAACUGCACAAGUACUUUGCACAAAACUGUAUUCCAAGUGAAAACUGUUGAUGACUACUAUUUUCCUUAGUCUCUUUGCGAUUUUAUUGGUUCGCUAGGGAUUUAGUAAUAAUAUGCAUAAACAUUGUAAAACAGAAUCAUUCUUGGGACACAGCUCAGCAAAUACAAGGAAUAAUACGAUUAGCAUGCGUUAGACAGUAGACCUAUAUUUGGCUAGACGUCUGAUUUGUGUCGGCCUGUCAUCGGCUCUUCCUGUCCACGCUGUCUGACAUCUCAGGAAAAUUUGCCUUCCCAAUACACAAAGUCACAGAUUAGCCAACCCGAAGCCACUGGCUUCUCUAGUGUUUAAGUGACAAAAAAGGCAAGGCUACUUCGGCAAGAAAAAAAAACAGAUAAUCACCCCCUUGUGAAAAAUACCCCUUCCAAUCCACAUCCCCAGUGCGCGCUUCAGUUGAUUGUGUUUGAGUAAUAAUGUAGUUCUCGAAGCUCAGUGUGUUUAAAGUUUUGCAUAAAGUUCAUUAUUUUCAUAUCAGAUGGAAAAAUCUCAUGUCCCUUUCCAUCUAAACUGACCUAUUACAGUUUAAGUAACAGCAGACAUGUUGGUUAUGAAAGGCUAUACAUUAACCUACCACUGUUGAACAUAUCGUGUCUUGGAAAGCCUAAAAUGCACUUGAAAUUAAUUUGAUAAAAUCGUAAGAACUGUAAUUCAACAUUUGCUAAUGUUGCCUAUAGACAUGAAAUGACGAAUAAUUUCUCUAUAAACAGCGCAGCAAUUGUGAAACUUAUAAUAGUACUUAUAUUAGGUAGACCUGCAAAGGGUUCUUUUUCACUGUUAGAACAGCACGCUUUAGAUAUGCAAAUGUUUUAAUACAAGCCAUCCUUUGAUGACGAUUAUAGGAAGGUUAAUUGCUUUUAAAACCUCAUUGCAGUUUGUUGACUUAAGUCCACACGUUUUCAAAAUAAAGUGUAUUUUAUUCAUUUUGCUGAACCACAAGUAUAUGUUUUCCAUGAAAUAAUAACGUUCUUGUCUUCAGGAAGGGGGCUGAGCUUCCAAGGGUGACACUCUUGACAUUAGUCCCUAAUUGGAAUGUGACUUUGAAGUCCACCCCUUUCGUCUGAAGUGCGACGCCACCCCUUUCUGCAAGUGAGAACGGCUUUCUUUGGGUGUCAGGGGUUGACUGUAUAGCCUAUAUAAAGACAAUCUGGGAUCAAGAUCAUACCAUUACGCUGAGAGCAACGGACAUCAUUCCCACCUGGCAAACAUUGUUUUCCUCUGCAACUGGCAGUGUAAGAUUUGUUCGGUCUUCAGGGAUGGGUGUUUUCGCGAUUUGGGCGCUGUGCGCCGUCCUUUUCUCCACUGCGCGAUGCUUCAGUCAUGAGGAUAUGAAAGAAGCCCUACUACAGAAACUGGACCUAAAUGAGCUUCCCAAAAUUCACAAGAGGGACUUGGAGAACCUUGUCAUCCCGGCGCACAUCAAGAAUAAAUACCUCUCCAUGCUGAGGCUGCACAACAAGCGGCGGCGCAGGUCUCUGCCCAGUUUGGCCGGCAUUCUGAGGGGGAUCCCUGGAAAUGCAGACAUAUCCGGGGAGGUCAUGUACUCUGACACGACAAGGCAGCGACUGGUCUUUGACAUGGAGGCUAGGAUUCCAGACAACAGUGAGGUCACCAUGGCAGAGCUAAAACUCUUCAAGAAGGCUCCAAGAAAACUACCCGUGCCCGAGAAGAGGAAACACCGACCUGCCAACAAUGCCCGAGUCAGUAUUUAUUGGGUGGAGGUCUUGGAAAACGGCUCCAACCGGACAUCUCUUGUGGACUCAAGGUUAGUGCCCAUUAUUGAGACCGGUUGGAAGAGCUUUGACGUGUCACAGGCGAUUCACUACUGGUCCAAAACCCAGCGCAAGACCCCAUUGUAUCUGGAGGUUUGGAUCGAAGGCGAGAGACCGGGAAGUUACGCGGCCGAGAUGGCCAAGUGCGUACACUUUGCAACUCAAGACCCCGCGGACAAGACCCUGGGGAAACCAGAACUCGUGUUGUACACACUAAACCUCGAAGAAUAUGGUUCCCGGGGCGACUGUGAACCGAAUAAAGCCAACGACGUGUGCUGCAGAGAAGAGUACUUCAUUAACUUCCGAGAGCUCACCUGGACCCAGUACUGGAUCAUUGAGCCAGCGGGUUAUCAGGCAUUCCGGUGCGCGGGGGGCUGCAAGCAACCAAAGCGUAACUACAGCUAUGGGGAGCGGACCUGCGCGGUGGUGGAGAGCGCGCCUCUGCCAAUGAUGUACCUGGUGAAAAGAGGAGACUACACUGAGAUUGAAGUGGCCGAAUUCCCCAACAUGAUUGUUGAGAAAUGUGGAUGCACAAUGGACAAUAUAUCGAUUGUAUGACAUGCAUGAUCUGUGGCUUUGGAACACAAACGCAUGCAGAACGACAGUACUUUUAAACUUGUCACGACUGUGACACUGCCACAAAACGGGACGAGUUUGCAUCGCGUGCCAAUACCACCUCCUGUACAUAGCGCACGUUGCAAAGAAGCACUUAUUUGUAAAUAGCCUACAGUAAUUUAUAUUUGUAGCCUCUAUUUUUUGCAUUCAUGCCCGAGUUCACAGGCAACGCCAGAAUGAAAUGUAAAUGCUUGUAUUUAGAGUGUAUUUUGGUUUGUAUAUGAAUAGCAUAUUUUCUAAUGUUGACGUUUGCGAAUAAAUUAAUUUACCAUUAUGUC